UUUCAUUAUUUAAGAUAUAAAAUACGAAAAGCCAAGAGGAUAAUUGGCUAAAAUAGCGGUAAACGCACUUUGUGGGUCUACUCUUAUUUUAUCAGAUCCAUGGUCUACUCUGUUGCUUAAAAUCUGCAGGAAUCUUGCUUAAAUUCCGUCUCAUUGAAUUGUUGGUUUCUUGUUUAAAUCGACAGCGACAUCUAGUGACCAACAUUAGUAGUAGGCUUCAACAGGCUACAUUAAUAGUAUGUUUUAUUUUGUAAAGGGUUUGCAGCGACUAUUUCCGGGAAAAAAUAUUUCCAAUUCCUGUUCACUGGACUGAAUCCAUUGUUUGGGUCUUUUUUAUUUGUAGUUUGGCCAUUACCUUCAAAUGCGCGUUUUAUGCGUGUUUAUCAGAUUAAAGUGCAAAACUUUUAGUUUUCUUUCGUGCCGUGCUACGAUGGCAUCUCCUCCUGUGGGACAGGGCUUCCAAAGCAAGACCAGGGUGGCCAUUCUGGCGGAGCUGGACAAGGAGAAGAGGCGACUGCUGCAGGGUCAGUCUCUAAACUGUCCCGGGGCGAACACGACUCUCUCGUCGGUACCUCGGAGCGGCCUGAAGGACGCGAGGGACUCCGCAGAGCAGCAGCACAUCGCAGCGCAGCAGAAGGCCGCACUGCAGCACGCACACGGACACUCCUCCGGCUUCUUCAUUACGCAGGACUCAGCGUUUGGGAACCUCAUCCUCCCAGUGCUUCCCCGUCUGGAGCCAGACUUGUGACUUAAGAAAUGUCACAGACGUUGCAUCUUGAGUUGAUGAUCAACUUUCCAAAGUGGUUAAUUUGCUUCAGAAACUCGACUGACUGUUCAGUGACAAUGUAAAAAGGGGAAACUCAAAAGUCAAAUGCUUUUCUGCCCGUGUUGUCUUGUCUAUUCUGUGAUGUGUUUGUGAAACAGAAGUGUUUUUUGUUUUUGUUUUUUUUGGUUUACAUUUGUCAUGAUCAUGUUAUUGGCCUGUAAACUAAUAAGAAUAAGAAGAACGUG